AUGUGGCCAAUUUCUAUGAAGAAGCCACUUAAAAUGCCAUGGUUAGCUGAACGAGCGCGACAACGAGCAAGCAACGGAUUUGCAACGCCUUGUGCCAAGAGGAAGAGAUACGAAGCCAUUGAGAUCGCAAUUUGCACUCCGUACCGCAGACUUGAAGUCCGUGCAGCUAUUGAAAUUGUUAUAAAUAAGGAGGCACUUGGAUCUACAGCUAGACUCCUCUUCCGGAAUUGCGGCACAGCUACGGAUCAGAAGAAUCUGAUUGAGCACUUUCGACCUAAGAAGAGAAAGAAGGGGAAGCCGGGCCCAAAUGAACGAUUUGCUAACAUCAAGUCAAUUAGAGAUACAAGGGAGCAAAUCAAGAAGCUAGGCAAAGAAUAUAUUGAUGAUAUUAAAGAGGAAAGAACAAUAUUUCAAGAUACGUUAUGUGGGUUCCAGUUGGAAUUAGAUUAUCGUGAGUAG